UAUGUUUACUAUACGAUGGUUUGGGUUACUUUGUUUGUUGGAUGGACAGAGUUUACAUUAUCGACAUUUUUGAAGGUUUUCUUCCUGGGAGGACUAGACCAGCAUGGUAACGAUGGAAAGUUUGCCUAUAUUUGGCAGGAUGAUGUUAUUCGAGUAAUGUUUCACGUUGCCACGAUGAUGCCCAAUAAAGAGUCUGAUCCUUUUUGCAAUAAUAAGAAAAUGCACAUUGGAAACAACUACGUUACUAUUGUUUAUAAUGACAGUAAAGAAGACUUCAACAUAUCUACAAUAAAGGGUCAAUUUACAUUUGUGUGUAUUGUUAUCCAUCCUCUGGACCAUGGUAUCAACAAAGUUGUUGUCAAAGUCAAAGAAGAAUUAUCCAACUUGGUUCCGGUCAGUGAACCUAAACUUGUAUCCGAUCAAAAUGUUGCUAUAUUGGCCAGGCAGCUGGCAUUACAUGCCAACGUAAGAAUUACUUAUUUGAUUUGAUUUAAUUUAGA